AUGGGAUUCCAAGACAAACGAGUGGUAGUCGUCGGCGGAGGCCUAGGAGGCAUGGCGUUCAUGAACGCCGCCCUAUACGCCGGCCUGAAAAACAUCCAGUGCUACGAACAAGCCCACCAAUUCGGCGAGGUCGGCGCUGGCGUAGACAUUACAGCCAACGCAAACCGCAUCCUCGACGCCUUUGGCCUCCAGGAGUCUCUGGUCCGUCGCUCUUCCCCUCAGCUGCCGUACUACAUGCAGUACCACAACUACCAGUCCGGCGAGUAUCUCGGACACAUCGAGGAGUUCUCGCAGCCUCACGCGCGUCUGAUCCACCGCGCCCACCUCCUCGAUUCCCUCAAAGAGCCCAUACCUGAAGACCAACUGCACUUGCAGAAGCGCCUAGCCUUCAUUGAACGCAAUGCCGCAGAUGCACCGUACACUCUCUACUUCGAAGACGGCACCACGGCAGAUGCAGAUAUCGUGAUAGGAUGCGACGGCAUUAAGUCCCGGGUCCGUCGCGAACUAGGCUACACCGACUCACCCACCUACUCCGGCCAAGUCGUCUACCGCGGCUUCGUCGAAUACAAAGAUCUGCCCGAGGAAACAGCCACGCUCCUCCGCAACGUGGUGAACUUCCGUGGCCCGAAACGCCACCUGCUUUGCCUACCAAUCGGCAACCCGGCUACGCAAACCGAUCGCGUCGGCGUUAUUGGAUUCAUGACCGAGUCCCUGGACAGCUGGGACUCGGAAAACUGGAUGGCCCGCGCGGAGAUCAGUACCCUCCACGAGCAUGUGCGGGAUUGGUGCCCGCAGGUGCAGGAUAUUAUCAAAGGUUUGGAGCUCGGCUCGCCAGAUGGCCGGAUGAUGAAACAGGCACUGUAUGUCCGCGAUCCACUCGCAAAAUGGUAUGAAAUGAACAAUGCAAAGAACGCGGGAAUUGUUCUUCUGGGCGAUGCGGUUCACUCGACGCUCCCUCAUCAGGGACAGGGUGUCUGCAUGGCUAUCGAGUCCGGCAUUGCGCUAGCUACCAUCCUUGCACACUGGAAAAACGACGACCUCAAGACUGCCUUCCAGUUUUAUCAGGAUCUGCGCAAGCCCCGUACCGAUCGGGUCACCAGGACUAGCUUUGAGGCUGGCAAGCUUGCUAGUUCGGAUGAACCGGAUCAGUUGAGCGAGAGCUUUAACCCGGAUGUGCUGAUGGAGCGCAUGAAGUGGAUCAUGGAAUACAAUGUGCUCGAUGAUCUGAAAGCCAAGGGUGUUGAGUAUAUGGACUUCCGUGGAUCUCGGAUUUGA